AUGGAACGCGAACGCGACCACGCGAUCUCUCACCGACGAGGUAGAUGGCUCCAGGGCAGUCCAAGUCCAGCACCGCGACCCAGGGCCCAGAGCAAGGAGGAAUUGGAUGUCAUGUACGCCGAGAUUGACGCGAGGAAAGCGAGGUUCGAGCGAAGGAUGGCUGUACAUGAGAGAACCAAGCACAUACCACGCUUCGUUAAACGGCCUCCCGUAGAGGACUACGAGACCCAAGGCGCAUUUUCCCGCAAUUACAAUCACGGACGACCAAGGACCGCGCCAUCUCCGACAAGUUCCGCCGAUAGUACCAACACAGGGAGUUUUGACGCGGGUGUUGACCGCUCGCGCUCUGAGUUGUUCGACCCCGAUAUACCUCUCAACAUCCCCAAGGCCUGGUCGAAGUCUAAACCAUACCCGAAUUGGGCUCAGAAUACUAUGAGAGAGUCGGUAGCGGCGAGUGCGGCAGAGGCGAGGACGGGUGUAGGAUCGAAAGAUCCUUCAGCAGUUUCAGAGGAUAGGUUCCAGCAAUCGAAUGCUGACGUUUCUCUCCGAUCGAUUGACCAUGGCACGUCUGAUCGGAAACGAACGUCACAAUGGCGAUCAUCAUCGCCACAGAAAAACCACGAGUAUCGAGGAAGAAGCCCAGAGAGAAGCAGGAUAUGGGAUGCAGAUGUUGAUUUUACAGCUCGCUCGUUGCAGUUGGAGAUGAGCCCAAUGCUUCGGAUUAAGCCUGUGAGCAGACUCGAGGAGAUUCGAGAGCGAGAGAUACAAGACCUGUCGGCACGCGCUGUCGCGACCGACAGGCUGGAGGAGAUUAAAGGCCGCAAUUCGGAGGAAAGGAGUUUGAAAGAAGAAACUCCAGUCCCCGAAUCAAGGGAGCCCAAAGAGGAGAUUUAUUGCGAGAGGACAAUUCUUGAGGAGGAAGGAUAUCCAAUCCCGGGCACACCAAUCACGGUUUUCCCAAACAACUCUUAUCCACAUCGCAGCAACAGCAAUCACAAGCGCGAAGAUUCAUACGAUACUCUUCGGAAGCUCUCUAGACUUCUGAGUCAAAGUCCUGGCCCAUACAGGCGCCGAGAGGAGGAGCAUGAAGAGCAUGAAGGGGAUGAAGAGGACGAAGGGGACGAAGGGGAUAAAGAAAAGGAGGAUGAGUAUGCGGAGGAGAGGAGGAGGCUCAUAGACACAAGAGCAGUGAGAGUGUCAGAGAAGACUGCAAUGGCAGUAGAGAUAUCGGAGAAGCGCGCCCAAUCGCCCAGGCCUAACCCAGAGAAGCAGGCUGGAGAGAAGCAAGCUGAGAAAGAAGCUGAGGCUCCAUUAGAGAAGCAAUCGGGCAGGCUUCAAGAGAGAAUUAACGGCCUAUCACAUAACAAUUCACGAAGAAGAUGGUCACGAAUUGGGGCUGGAUUCCCAAUAGAUUCGCCAAGGAAGCGCGGAAGCACUGCCAGCACCCCCCCAAAGUUAGAUGCCGACCCGGAGGAGCGCAUCAGCGCAGAACCCAAACUAUCUGAACUUCAAGAGAAUCUUUCAGAAAAAAAUCUCAUCACGGUACCGUCCCGAUCAACUUUCCGUUUCGAUGGUGGACAUCUCGAUGAAACGCCUAGACCAAAGGCAGGCCCUUUGUCGCUUCCCACCCCAAGAGUGACCGGCGCAUUCAUCGAAACACCCGCACCUUCCCGCGAUACAGAGAGCCAGCAAUCUACCUCGCCUUCUCACGAACUUUUUGAUCCCGUAGCUCUUACAACUUCAGCAUCGGAGAGCCAACAAUCCCCAAAAAACAGCGGAGAUAGCACUGCACUGCAACAAGUCGAAAAACCAAAAAUCCGAGCACCGGAUAUUCCACAUCCAUCUGCAAACGUACCACAACACGCGCGAACACAGAGUCCGCCCCGAGGCGUCUCUUUGAAUCGAGAGGUCACCGAACGUGAACUUGGCCGAUUCUCACGUCCGCCUCUCGUCAAUACAGCGAAGGUUUCGACUGCUGCGGAGGAUCUACGACGGCUCGAAAUUGAGGCCGGUAUCGAAGACUCUACGCUGGACAAUUUCGAGACGCUUUAUAAGCACGAUACGGCACACAAAGAGAGCAUAAUACGAAACUCGAACCCUGAACCACUCUUGGUCCCUCUACACAUCGACCCGAAAAUACUGUUGUCUGCGGAAGAGAGAGAGCGACAGAUUGAGCUUCUGAUCUGGGCGCGAAUGGAGCAGCGAUUGCGGAACACAUCUACAAGUAUCCGGGAUGCUAAACACGGCAUCGAACGGUUAGAACAACAAGUAUCGGCAGUUCACGAUCUGCCAAGUACUGUACUGCCGAGUAAGCCCUCCGAUGGGAGCUCUCAUCACAUUAAAAUUCAAAUCGACAUGAAGCUUCCUCGACUCUGGACCAAAAAACCUGUUGCGGUCACCGGCUCUCCUCCGCAAGCACGAGGUCGCUUCGCCAGCUUUGGUCCGAGCAGAAACUGGAAAUUCACAUGGCUUGGUUUAAUUCUUGUCAUCUUUUUCGCUUGGUUCACGGCCGAAUGGACGAUGUGCGAGAUAUAUUGCCACCCCUUGGCCUCGACCAAGAACACCUGGCAGCCUACUGAUCCAUUCUUCCCCUGGGCCAUCCCCACCAAAUUGGAUCAGUGGACUGGGGAAAUUGCGAGUAGUGCUCUUUAUGGGGUCAAAGAGAGACUGGAUAACUGGCGCGACCCUGAGGGCUUACGAUAUAAGCGGCUUCACUACCACCCGUACGGUGGUGGAGCGAAUGACUGGUGGCUUGGGAGAGGUGCCCCAAUGGAAGUGUUUAAGUCGGACACAAGGGAUUCGAGCAUUUUUAACGACGAUUAUGACUGA